UGCAAUAAGCCUCUACUGUAUCUCUGGUGGACAGUUUCUUGAGAUAUAAGGACUGAGACUCAAGGAGUUAGUUGUUGUUCGUCCACGUGAAGUGAAGUCCGGGAAAGACGAGAAGACUUUCUGGACGAGGUGGAAGGGAAAAUAGUGUGGCUUUUUAAGUCCAGUGUUCGCACCUGUGAGAGAAAAACCGCAAGAUGACGAUUAGACCCAUAUUUUCGGGAUAUCCUUUUCAAGCUGGUGGUGUUUGUACAGGUCAAGGCCGCGUGAACCAGCUCGGGGGCGUGUUCAUCAACGGGCGGCCUCUGCCGAACCACAUCCGCCUGAAGAUUGUCGAGAUGGCGGCGGCGGGCGUGCGCCCCUGCGUCAUCUCCCGCCAGCUGCGGGUGUCCCACGGCUGCGUCUCCAAGAUCCUCAACCGCUACCAGGAGACGGGAUCCAUCCGGCCGGGCGUCAUCGGGGGAUCCAAACCCAAGGAGGGCGUUGUGGACAAGGGCACAGCACCUUCUGUGAGUUCGAUCAGCCGCAUCCUCCGAGGAGGAAAGAGAGACGACGACCCUCGGAAGGAUCACAGCAUCGAUGGCAUUCUUGGAGGCGCCGGAAGCGACGAGAGCGACACUGAGAGCGAGCCCGGCAUUCCCCUCAAGAGGAAGCAGAGGAGGUCGAGGACGACAUUCACGGCCGAACAGCUGGAAGUCCUCGAGAAGUCCUUCGAGAAGACUCAGUAUCCCGACGUCUACACCAGAGAGGAAGUGGCCCAGAAGGCCAAGCUGACGGAAGCUCGCGUCCAGGUCUGGUUCAGCAACAGACGCGCUCGACUUCGCAAGCACCUGAGCAGCCAACAGCUCGCUGGUCUCUCCUCCUCGAUGCCCCCAGCAGCCGCCAUGCCCACAGCCGCAGCAGCAGCAGCCGCUUCUAGCUACAUGAACCAAUAUGCUCCUCAGGCCGCCGAUCACACAGCCGUCGCUGCGGCUGCCUCAGCCGCGGCUGCUUAUCACUCUUCCAGCGCCUGGCAGAAUACAGGCGGUUACGACUACAGCAGCGCAGCAGCCUUUGGCACAGACAACUCCCACGCCCUCAUGUCAUCACCCAUGGCUGCCAUGACAUACCCAGUCACAUCCAUGCCCACCAUGAGUGCCUCAAUGACGCCGACUAUGAAUUCUGCCGCCUCCAACGCCUCGACGGAAGCCGCUGGAUGGAGCACGAAAACGGUGCCCUCGCCCGCUAUGGGCACGUGGAACACCGGAUUCUCGCCGCUGGGCACAGACCAGCUGGGCCUCCUUGGCACUCAAGGGUACAACAUGGGCCACACCAUGACCGGCCCUCCGGCGCCGUCCAUGGCGGAGAAGGGCCACGUGGCACCUCCGGGCACCGCCACAUACCCAACUUAUUUCCCGCAAUUCACGGAUCCCUCCGCAGCGGCCAUUAUGUGCGGACGGGUCCACUAGUCCUUUCAAUACUAUUUUUAUUGUAUUUUCUCCCUCCUUCGUUAAUAACCAUUCUACAUGCUGUGGUAACGAAACCUGCGUGUUCUCUCUCUCUCUCUCUCUCUCUUCCGAGUCAUUCAUCACUUUUCUUCAUCGGCAGCAAUAGAUAGAGAGCUUGAGAUAAUUUUCCUUUUACUUUCAACAUUCCUAAAAAAAAAACACCAUAUAUUUUCUGUCUGCACAAAAACAAAGAUAUUCGUCCAAUUUAAAUUUAAGAGAAAACAUUCUAGAGUAAUUAACUAUGGUUGAUUGAUAUUUUCUCCUUUUCAUUCAAAGUUAUCCUAUUAUCUUUACUCUGUUUGGUUAUCAUUACUGUUAUCUUUCCCUCCUAUCUUAUUAUUUAUCUCCAUGGUCAUUUCCAUAUCACUUUAAAUGUUACCCCUUUCUCUUUCCUCACUACCAUUACAUUUAUUUUCAUUCGUAUUUUUCCAAAAACUAUUUUUUACACUUUGUUGCAAUGGCGUCUAUUGCUUAAAAAUGUACACAAGCAAAAACGAGACAAAAAGGAUGAUACGGCGAAACAUGGUGAUGGAAAAAAAAAAAAAAAAAAACUCAGGAAAUGACUCUGUGUGGAUAUUCAACUGUUAAUAUCGUUACUGAGUUCAUGUAUUCCACUCCGAUGUUUCAUGUUUUAACUAAAGUAAGACUGAAUUUUCACCCGAAAAAAGUUGCUUAUUUCUUAUAGGAAUUUUAUAUUCGCUAGCAAAGCCCUAAUAAUUAAAAUGAAAGUGUUUAUUUUCUUAACGAAAAUUGUCUUUUUUCCUAUGAAAAAUAUUUAUAAAGAGAAAUGUGUAUUUUCUAUCAAAAAUUAUAUUCAAUAUGAAUUUCUUAUAGAUUAAUAUAAUUUGUGUAUGCUUAUACGACAAAUAUGAGCGUCUGUCUGCAACUGUACUAAUAAUAUGAUAACGCACUUUAUACCUGAGCACUAUGUCCUUUGGGCGUUAGACUUGCAUAUGACACACACUGCACACACACACACAUACACACAUAUAUAUAUACACACAUCGAGCUACAAAUGUCCUUUAAUAUCUAAUUCGCUCUACCUCGGAAUUAAUAUAUUUUCAUAUAUGUUAACCGAAGGGGAAUUUUUUAGUCGAUAGCGGAGGCGUUGUGGUUUAGGCUUCACUAUUCGUCCUGAAUUUGUUGGGCUCGAUGUCCGUGAACCGACAAAUUUAUCGUCUAAAAAAUUCCCCUUCGGUUAACAUAUAUGAAAAUAUAUUAAUUCCCAGGUAGAGCGAAUUAGAUAUUAAACGACAUUUGUAG